UCCAUGUACCUCGCGAAGAAGCCCGACAAGGCCGACCCCAACGAGGCCCGCCUCUCCCGCUUCACCUGCUGCGCGCUCUCGGGGGCCCCCCUUGCCGCGCCCGCCGUCGUGGAUCGCCUCGGCAACCUGUUCAACAAGGAGGCCCUCGUCGAGGCGCUCAUCCACAAGCGCCUGCCCAAGGCGCUCUCGCACAUCCGUGGGCUCAAGGACAUGAUCCCCAUCCACCUGCACCCCAAGCCCAACGCGGCGGACCAGGAGGUCCGUUUCCAGUGCCCAGUCACUGGGUUCGAGUUCAACGGCAAGUCCCAGUUCCUCGCGCUCCGUGGAUGCGGCCACGUUCUGAGCGUGAAGGCUCUCAAGGAGGUGAAGUCGUCCUCGUGUUUGGUCUGCCAUAAGGAGUUCGAUGAGGCGGACAAGAUGCCCAUCAAUGGGACCGAGGAGGAGGUGGAAGUGUUGAGGCAGAGGAUGGAGGAGGAGAGAGGGAAGCUCAAGGAGAAGAAGGAUAAGAAGCUGGCGAAUGGGCUCAGUGGGAGUAAGCAUGCUGUUGCUGCGGUUGCAGAUGCUGAGAAGUUGGAGAAUGGGAAGAAAGGGGAGGCUGCCCCAGCAAAGCGGUUUAAGGCUGCAGAUCAUGCACCGGCUCAUGCAAACAAGAAAGUGUAUGCGUCAAUUUUCACUUCUUCCAAUAAGUCUGAUUUCAGGGAGACAUACUCAUGCCGGUCACUCCCCCUGGGAAGGAAUUAAAUCGAUGUUGGGGAGAUUCCAAUGGCAUGGAGGUGAACCUCGUGUACUGAUUCAGCGAUUAGCUUCAUACCAUGGCUCGCCCAUAAGUUCUGGUAUUUUUGUUUUAGCUGUUGGUGUUAUCUAUGCUUGAUUGCUGUGUGGAGCUUUCUAGUUUUCACUCGCAGAGAAGCAAUAUGUUUUUAUAAAUGAUUUGUGAAAUAUGUAAUAGCUGUAACACAUAUCAUUGAGUCCAGUCUUCUAGCAAUUUGUCUGAGUAAUGCUCUAGUUUUCAUUCAAAGAGAAGCAAUAUGUUCUUAUAAAUGCUUUGUGAAAUAUGUAAUGGUUGAAACAGUUGGCGCUUA